UAAGUAGACCCUGCAAAGCAAUCACCUCAUUAAAGGAGGAAAUGUGGCGGCUAAAGAUCGCAGAGGGAAGCGGUAGCCCAUACUUAUUCAGUACAAACAACUUCACAGGAAGGCAAACAUGGGAAUAUGAGAGUGAGAGUGGCAGUCCUGAAGAGCGAGCCCAGGUUGAGGAAGCUCGCCUUCACUUCUAUCAGAACCGCUUUCAAGUCAAGUGCUGUUCCAAUCUCCUUUGGCAAUUUCAGGCUCUAAGACAGAAUAAUUUCAGACAAACGAUACCAAGAGUUACGAUAGAAAAUGGUGAGCAAAUGACGUAUGAGAAGACGACAACAGCGAUAAGGAGGUCUGCCCACUUCUUAUCAGCUCUGCAAGCUAGCGACGGUCAUUGGCCUGCUGAAAAUGCGGGCGUACUUUAUUUUACCCCGCCCUUUGUGUUCUGUCUGUACAUUACUGGCCAUCUGAACACUUAUUUCCAUGCCGAGUAUCGCAGAGAAAUCCUACGCUACUUGUACAAUCAUCAGAAUGAAGAUGGCGGGUGGGGAAUAGACAUAGAGAGUCACAGUUGCAUGUUCUGCACAGUGCUGAGUUACAUUUGUAUGCGAAUGUUAGGGGAAGGACCUAAUGGUGGUCUCGACAAUGCCUGUGCCAGAGCUCGAAACUGGAUCCUCGACCAUGGUGGUGCCACCUAUAUUUCCUCCUGGGGAAAGACUUGGCUUGCGAUUCUUGGUCUAUAUGACUGGUCAGGAUGCAACCCUAUGCCUCCGGAGUUCUGGAUUUUCCCUUCUUUUUUUCCUAUACAUCCAGCAAAAAUGUGGUGCUACUGUCGGAUGGUUUACAUGCCCAUGUCAUAUUUAUACGGGAAAAGAUUUGUUGGGGCAAUCACUCCUCUGAUUCUGCAACUGAGAGAGGAAAUCUUCCGUCAGCCUUAUGAUAAGAUAGAGUGGAGGAGUGUGCGUGAUCUGUGUGCCAAAGAGGAUCUGUAUUAUCCCCAUUCCAGGAUUCAAAAUUUUAUGUGGGAUAGUCUGUACAUAAUGUCAGAGCCGCUUCUAACACGCUGGCCUUUCAGCAAGUUAAUCAGAGAAAAGGCUCUUCAGGCAACCAUGAAUCACAUCCACUAUGAAGAUGAAAACAGUAGGUACAUUACCAUCGGAUGUGUAGAGAAGGCCUUAUGCAUGCUUGCCUGCUGGGUGGAAGAUCCAGAUGGUAUUUGUUUCAAAAAGCAUAUUGCCAGGGUUCCUGAUUACUUGUGGCUUGCUGAGGAUGGGUUGAAAGUUUCGGGCUUCGGCAGUCAGUCCUGGGAUGCUAAUUUUACCUUCCAAGCCUUGUUUCUCAGUGACCUUGCCGAUGAGCUCUCGCCUGCAUUAGCCAAAGCAUAUGAUUUCAUUAAGAAAACCCAGAUCCAGGACAAUCCAGCAGGGGACUUCAAGGGGAUGUUUCGUCACAUUUCUAAAGGAGCAUGGCCAUUCUCGGAUCAAGAUCAUGGCUGGCAAGUCUCUGAUUGCACUGCGGAAGGCUUGAAGUGUCUUCUGUAUGCGUCGGAAUUGCCUACUGAAAUCAUUGGUGAGAAAGCAGAGCCUGAACGCUUAUACGAUGCCGUCAACGUUAUACUUUCCCUGCAGAGUAAAAACGGUGGUUUACCACCCUGGGAGCCGGUAAGAGGUGCAAUGUGGUUAGAGAAACUCAAUCCUGUGGAAUUUCUGGAGAACAUUGUGAUAGAGCACGAGUACGUAGAAUGCACAUCAUCUGCAAUCGACGCAUUAGCAAUGUUUAAGAAGAUGCACCCAUGUCAUAGGACUAAAGAAAUUGAAAAGUCCAUUGCUAAUGCUGUUGGAUAUCUCCAAGAUAUUCAAACGGCUGACGGUUCUUGGUAUGGAAAUUGGGGGAUUUGCUUCAUUUAUGGCACUUGGUUUGCACUUGUAGGGCUAUCUGCAGCUGGAAAAACUUACCAUCAAUGCCCAGCUAUGCGUAGAGGAGUUGAAUUUCUACUCAAAAAUCAGAGCCCUGACGGUGGGUGGGGAGAAAGCUAUCUUUCUUGCCCUAAUAAGAUAUACACAGCCCUGGAAGGACGGAGGUCGAAUUUGGUGCAGACAGCCUGGGCUAUGCUGGGUUUAAUGAGUGGAGGGCAGAUGGAGAGAGACCCAACUCCUCUUCACAGUGGUGCAAAGCUGUUGAUCAAUUCACAAUUGGAGGAUGGUAGCUUCCCACAGCAGGAAAUAUUGGGAGCUUUCAAGAAUAACAACAUGUUACACUAUCCCAUAUACAAGGACUGUUUCCCGUUGUGGGCUCUGGCAGAGUACCGCAAAAGGCUGCUCAUUCCCCUCCAACGACAACGACAACGACAACGACAUUAGCAUUUAAAAUGUCAUUUGGAAUUUUUACUUUUAUCAACAACAUUUCCGAUCCCUAAUAAAUAAUAAAUGCUUAUAUUGUCGUUUAA